AUGUCGUCACGAAAAACUGUUAGUCGUCGUGGAACCUCAAAAAAAAGGGCCCAACGAGCUACUUCCAAUGUUUUUGCUAUGUUUGAUCAAGCUCAAAUAGCAGAGUUUAAAGAAGCUUUUAAUAUGAUUGACCAAAAUCAUGAUGGAUUUAUUGAUAAGGAAGACCUUCAUGACAUGCUUGCGUCUUUAGGUAAAAAUCCCACUGAUGAUUAUUUGGACACUAUGAUGAUGGAGGCUCCUGGUCCCAUAAAUUUCACCAUGUUCUUGACUCUAUUUGGUGAACGUUUGCAAGGCACAGACCCUGAAGAUGUAAUUAAAAAUGCUUUUGGUUGUUUUGAUGAAGAGAAUAAUGGAAUUAUCAAUGAAGAGCGCUUAAGAGAACUUUUAACUACAAUGGGAGACCGUUUUACUGAUGAUGAGGUUGAUGAAAUGUAUCGUGAGGCUCCCAUUAAAAAUGGUCUUUUUGAUUAUGUUGAAUUCACUCGCAUUUUAAAACACGGAGCAAAAGAUAAGGAUGAACAGUAAUUUAUUCCCUGAAUUUCUAAACUUUCUUCGAAUAACUUGAGGGUUGCAUUCUGACAAUGGCUAAUUUUUUAUUAAAAUUAAAAUGGAGUUAGUUUAGUAGCAUUCUGUUAUUCCACGGUAUUUAUGAUUUGUCUAAAAAUUAAGAUUUGUGGUUAAUUUUAUAUAUUUUCGGGAAACUUGAAUGAAUGUGUUAUUAAUUUUGCAUUUAGAAGAAAUUUUAAGCUUUUAUAAAAUACCUUCUUGCCUUUUAUCAAUUCAUUUUUUUAAAUAGUUACUUUUUUGUUUAUUAUGAAUUAUUAUUUGUUUUAUUUUCUGAUAAUUAAACGUAAAAAGAAAUUUUAAUUGGUAGGUACUUGGUAUCAAUAAAAGAAAGUAUUAACUUUUAAACGUUUAUUAGUAGUUACAACUAUAUUUUACAUAAAAGACGAAGGUAUACAUAAUUAAGUAGUAUUGUUAUUGUAUAAAACAAAUAUAUAUGAUAAACACUAUUAGAGGUAUGUAAUUGUAGUUUGAUGGGCAUAUGUUAUUUAAUUAUUAUGUAUCAAAUUUUGUACCCAAACUUUUAAAUAAAAAUUUCGAUCUAAACAUAUA